AUGGUAGUUUGCAUCCCGACGCUGUUCCGCCACCGCCUGCCACUUUGUCCGUUUGAUUCUACCUCCUUGUCUUUUGAACCGACAAACUCACGAACAUGGACUGGGAUUGCAGAAGAUUUGACGAACGUCGAGGAGGUGAAAGCUACCGACCGUCUGAUCGUGCUGGUCGGUCUCCUUCUCGAGGCUACGAGCCACGACGACGUUCACCUCCACGCAAUCGCUCUCGUCUCCAAGCUGACACCUGGGUCCCAUCAAAUCGAGGAUUUGCACGGCCACGAAGUCGCUCACCCUCUGACUACCGCCGACGCUCACGAACACCUCCCUUCCAACCUAGAGGUUACGGCCAAGGUCCGUAUGGGCGGAGGCGAUCCCCGCCGCGAAGGUUCUCUCCGCGAAGAGAUGACAGAGUCAGAUCACCUCCUCCAUCAUGGCGAUCGAGGUCGCCUUACAGCGAAGGAGGGGCUCGCGAUGCGUCCCGAGGGCGCAGCAGUCCACGUCGUGCUCGGGAUACGUCUCCAGGUAACCAAGAUCUAG